CUGUGAAUGGAAAGAGCUGCCUUUUUUUGUAUAUAAAGAAUCCGAGCCGUAUGAUCUCAAGUAAGAUCGAGACCCGACUUUAAUUUGAUUAAAUCAAGGAUUUUCUGGUUUUGUUCACCGCUUGCUGGGCUGGCCGUGUAUGAAAAUGGACCAGGCGGCGAGCCGCUACCAAGUGUUGCACAAUGAGGAUGACUCCUCUGAAGGGGCCGCCAGUGCUGAACCGUCCACAUCCACCCAGGCCGUUGGCGCUUUGGAGGGAAUCAGCAACCUAGCAGUGGAUACAGAAGCUCCACCUCCUCCAUAUGCAAGCGUGGCACUUGGAGCAACAGCUGCACCAGAAAGCACAUUUGCAGGGGACUUUCCCGUUCCUCCACCAUACAGCAUUGCCACGUCUCUGCCCACUUACGAUGAGGCAGAGAAGGCCAAAGCAGCAGCCAUGGCUGCAUCCGCGGUGGAGGUCAUUCCACGAGAUGAAGAUUUUCCGGUUCGGGAUGACUUCAGUGAUGCAGAUCAGCUGAGAGUGGGAAAUGAUGGGAUCUUUAUGCUGGCCUUUUUCAUGGCCUUUCUUUUCAACUGGAUCGGGUUUUGCUUGUCCUUCUGUUUGACCAAUACCAUUGCUGGUCGAUAUGGUGCUAUCUGCGGCUUUGGCCUUUCUCUUAUCAAGUGGAUCCUCAUUGUCAGGUUUUCAGAUUACUUUACCGGGUACUUCAAUGGACAGUACUGGCUCUGGUGGAUUUUUCUGGUUCUUGGGCUCCUGCUGUUCUUCAGAGGGUUUGUGAACUACCUGAAAGUGCGUAACAUGUCAGAAAGCAUGGUUUCCUCACUCAGAACCCGCUUCUUCCUCCUGUACUAGAGGUCGCCUCACCAAAACAUUCCUCCCUAAUGUGAAAUUCCUUCAUGAUUUGCAACCCGUCAAAUGAACUGGACUGGAUCCCACUGAGGGGAAGAGGAAGAAGAGAGAGAGAGAGAGAAAAUCAAACACAAAACGAGUAUCUCUGCCAAAUGUUUUGAACUCAACCCGGUGAAAAUGAACUCUGAACGAGUGCAAAUCAGCUCCCAGUAUUCAGUUUUUUCAGAACUUCCCUGCCUCCCAAAAACUUCUUAAUACUGUAUUGCAAACAUACACACACAAAAACUUACCAAACAUUGCAUGAAAUGUAAUGGAUUUAUGUGUAUCAGCAAAAAUGACUAGAAAAUAUGCAGUCCAGACCAAUGUUGGGUACGUUACUUCAAAAUAGUAAUUAUUAGUUACUAAUUGUAUCAUUAAAUUACUUUGUCUGAAAAGUAGCUUAAUUGCUCAAUAUUUUAUUUAAUUACUUGACUCAGUUCUACUUAAAAUCAUCGUAAAUAUCAAGCAUGUGCAUCACUGUUUCUUCAUCAUGUGUAAUCGUCUUUGCUUAGUUCUUUGCUUAGUCCAAAGUGCAAAAUUUUCAUAUGUGUCUUUUUUUCCUGUAUUUAAAUCCGGAAUUUUUUUUCACACACACAAACCUUGCACACCGAGUCCAAUACAUAUGAAUUAAUCUAUUGCAAAAUAAUUCAUAAAACAAUAGAUGAAUUACCGGUGUGCUAACAUUCAGGAUAUGCGCUUGCAGCGAGGUUGCAGUAAAAAACCAUGAGCUCUAGCAUUUACAGCGAGGGAAUGACAUCCGAUGCCGUACAGAGUUUGUUGUUGCCUUAGAAAUAAGUUCUAUUGAUUACAUAUUAUAUAUAUUAUUUACAUAAUGCUUUCAGUAUAUUAUAACAGCUCGUCACCCAGUGAUAAACACAGUUAUUCAGCAAAAUUAAUGUUGAAGUGAGCGGCGUUCGUCUGACAGGUCCAUUUGCGAUAGCACCCUCCCAAUAGAUAUUGGGUAGGAUGAAAUGGCCAAGCAUACAGCCCCAAAAUAUACAAAUAUCUCAUUGAAACUCCAAGUGUUUUUACAAGAGAAGUUAAAGGCCUGUAAGUCUUUGGAUGCCAACAAUUUUGUUCUGUGUGGUCAUGUGCAAGAAAUAAUGCUCCAUGAUUACCAGAUUGAAAACUUUGUAGUACCAAAAACCGAGGUUCUGCCUAGCCAAAGACAAGGAAAGAAGACGGAGCUAUACAAGGGCUGGCUAAUCAUCAACAAGCAAAACAACAGCAUUCUGACAGCGAACUGCACCUGUAGCAGGGUAUGUGAACUUACAUGUUUAUAUUUCAAUCUAAGCAUUCAGUGUCGGCAGUUUAAUACACCAUACCAACUGUUUUUGCUAAAAUCAUUGCUGCAAUCAAAAGCGGGUAAUGUUUAUGAUUCAGCGUAGCGUAAACUUACCUGACAUAAAAUAAGAAAUGCAGAGUCCAACAUUUUUAAUUAGGUCCUCACUCCAUUCAGCUCCCCUUUAGCCAAAGACAUCUGCAGUUGGCAUUAAAACCAGUGUGGUGUACAGUAAAAUUUUAGUUUUGUUGAAGCCUGCAUUGUUUAUAGCAGAGGUGCUCAAUCCUGUUCCUGGAGAUCUACCUUCCUGUACAGUUUAGCUCAGGGAUGGGCGAACUUGAUCCUCGAGGGCCGGUGUCCCUGCAGAGUUUUGUUCCAACACUAGUCAAACACACCUGAACAAACUAAUCAGUGUCUUCAAGAUCACUUGAACUCUAUAGGGAGGUCUGUUUGAAUAGGGUUGGAGCUAAACUGUGCAGGUCACCGGCCUUCCAGGACAGAGAUUGCCCACCCCUGGUUUAGCUCCUACCCUGAUCAAACCCACCUGAACCAAUUAAUCAGGACCUGAAAUCCACUUGAUAAUUACAGACAGGUGUGUUUGAUAAGGGUUGCAACUGAAAUCUGCAGAAGGUAGAUCUCCAGGAACAGGAUUGGCCACCCCUGGUUUAUAGUGUAUGUGACAUAUUCUGAGACAAAAACGUAAUGUGCAUGUAAUGGACCUUUUUGUAAUAACAGAGGUUUAAUAACAGAAAUUUACCAGAAAUCUAAAUUUAAGGAAAUUUCUGUAAUUUAAUGUCAGUUAUUUUACGUUUUUUUUUCGGCACCCCAGCUGCCGUAUAUAAACCGUAAAGUUACAGAUUUUUUUUACAGUGCACAUUUUGUAAUAGACGUGCCAGGCACGAAAGCUUGUAACAACAGUAACUAAAGAGGGUGGUGCUUAGCGAAGGGUCAGUUGCUGGAUUAUAUUGAGCAUAUAGUGUCACACUAGAGGACAUGGUUUUCAAUGACAAAAAUCUAUCAUUGUUUUAGAAAUGUGUAUAUAAAAAAAUAGCCACUUGUAAAAUUAGGCAUCUUUUCAAUUUAUAAUAGUUGCCAAAUAUAUGCUUGAGCCAAAAUACAUAAUAACACAGCAGUUUUUAUAGAAGUCAAAUAACUGAUGACAUUUACUGCAUUUUAAUUGCUACUCAUAUUCAGUUCACUACAGUGAAAAUGCUACGUCACAUCAACAAACUGAUUUGGGCUGUUGAAUUUAUGCACUGCAUUAAGGGUGCUUUCACACUAGCACUUUUGGUCCGCACCCAGGUUCAUUUGACGUCAUAGUACGGUACGUUUAGCUAGUGUGAACGUGUCUUCUGAACUCGGGUGCGCAACCGUGAACCGUACCAGAGUCCGCCUGAAAGAGGUGGUCUGGGGUACGGUUCAUGAGAACUCUAGUAUGGUUCACUUCUGAUGUAAAUGCAAUCAUACCAAAUAACGGAAGUGAAACGCCAACUGUACAACAAACUAUCGUUUUCAUAACGUUCGUUCGUUCGUGUGUGUGUGUGUGCCACGUUUCGUAACUUGGUGACGCGUGCGGGUCUGAGCCAGGGCAAACACAGUGAUGCACAGGGAUGUCUGCUUGUCUACUCCAAAAACAGCUCCUGCAGACGCUGUGUGAUGUCUUGAAUGUUUCUAACAUUUUUGAGGCAGAUGGACGCGAGUCGCUUUCUGCAUGUCCAAAACCAAAAGCUUCAGUUAAAGCAGAAUGUACGCGAUGUGCGGACGUCUUUCCAUUUUGGCACUUGCUUUCGUGACUGUCGCCUAGCAACGGCUGUAAACAAAACAGCAGCUCAGUGAUGCAAGCGUACCGGGGUUCAGAAGGAAAAAAGACAGUAUGAACACAAAACAACCGAGGAGGUGGCAAGGGGAGACAAUCGAACUUGGGUACGGUCCAGGCAAUUGAACCAAGUGUGAAAGCACCCUAAAAGAUCUGCGUGGGACUAAAUUUUAAAUCCCGCUUCCGCCAGGUUUUAGCCCGAACCCGACCGCUCCUGCUUGUAUUCAGCAUUUGUUGUCCCGCUGCCCGACGCGCCCUGCCCCGUUUUCUACCCGCCACGCCCGUUCCUGCUAAAGAGUGGGGGGAGAACUAAACCGAAAACCACCCAGCUAUACAGAGUCCAGACAGCCUAUAACAAGCUGUCUGUAUCAACACACACACACACACACACACACAUAAGCGCCAAGCAAGUGACAAACACACACACACCAACACCAACAAACAAGCUAAACGCAGCAUCACGCUGUCUCAUUCACACACAUACAUAUGCGAGCGAGCGAGUCGGGAGCGAUAUUGCUAGACUGCCGCUCCCGUCCAAAAUUAAACCAGUUACUGACCGCUCCCGUGCUUUUUUAGGAAAUUUAUUCCCAUGCCGCAGAAAUCUGGUCGGGUCCCGCGGCUGCAGAAUGCAGACCUCUACCCUAAAUAACUAAUUAGAUUACCUAAAAAAUAAAGAGAAUCCUUUACUUUUUUCAGAUUAAAAGUAAUUUAAUUACACCCAACACUGGUCAAGACCUCCUAUGCAAUGUCUUUUAACAAACUUGGUUAGAUUGAUGCUACUAGACUAGUUUAAUUCCCUUUUGCUUCAUUGCAUCCAAGGCCUUGAUUGCAUUGCAGUGUCAAUGAGAGAAGAAUAGUUUUAGGUAGAAUUUGACUAGUAAGCUAUAAUUGCAGUUUCUCCUCUUCUUAACUCUCGCUUAACUUUAUAGUAAAUGAUUAAGUAAUUUCAUUGAUGUGUUUCGAACUGGAAACGGAAUUUGUACUUAUCCUGAAAUAUAUAUUUGCCUUUUGCACCUUGGUUUAGUUUCCUUCCUCCCUCUUUUGAUUUCAGUGUUUGUUGUUAUUAAGUUGUGCUCAAGCUGUGACCUGCUUAGAUGACUUUAGUUACUUGAAUGCCUGAAUGCUAAUGUCAUUUGUUUCUAUUAAUCACAAGCCUCUUCAGCAAUAUCAGAUAUUCAGACAAAUGCAUGGUUAACUCAGCGGAUUAACUGACUGAUCCAGUAAACAGACAAUACUUAAGGAUUUUGGAUGAGAUGAUUGUGUGCUGUAUGUUUAUUCUCUUGUCUUGCAUAAUGCCAAUAAAAUUGGAAACUCUGCGUA